AUGGCACCAGUUGCGCCAUUGAUUCUGUGUGUACCACUGUGGUACCCCCAAACGAGCCCCCUGAGCGAUAAGCCACCACAACGUCACACUAACUGGUCUCCACCCCACCGCGACUUUGCUCAAAAGGCCUGCUGCUGCUCCCCACGCUCCGCUCUCCCGCCCCUACCUCACCUUCAUUGUACAAAGCUCGCUUCAUCAACCUCCCCAUUCUUGGCUCAGCCAUGCCACAGAUUUUCGCCUUCGCUCAUGCCCCUCCAUUACCUCCUCGCUAUUCCCUUCUCCCCUCAUAUUGCCCCUCUCGUCUACGCUGUUCACCAGCGCACUUCCAGUCCAUAUCCCCCAUUGCCCGCCUUUCAGAUAGUCGCCAUGCGUACCGUCUCAGCUCUCUCCUCGCCACAAAGGUACGGCCUUCAUCCCACGCCUCGACAGUCGCUCCACCACCGAAUACCCCAACUGCCCCUGUCACCUCCCCAACAACUCCAUCACCACCAGCCCCCCCACGCUAUCUCAUCCGUCUCGCACAGUCCACCGAGCUGUACACAGUCGCAGACAUACGGUGCUCGGCGUUCUACGGAAACUCCGCUGCUAUGACGUACUACCCCGUUCGCAGACGCGAGAUCUACAUGGCAAUGAGGAACAGACUCGCCUCUGGCAAUCGCUGUCUCGUUGUUCUUGACACGGCCCCGCCGAGCCAUUGGAUGCCUUUCACAAAUGACGACGGCCAUCUCGUCGUCGGCUCUCUUGAUGCCAGUCUGCAUGGCGCUGUAUCAGGGAAGAGGUUUGCUUUCGGAGAGUCUGCGCAUCAGGAGGGCAAGCGUAUUUACAUUAGUUCCAUGGCUAUCAGAGACGACUGGCAGAGACGAGGUUUGGCAAAGAAUUUGCUGGCUCACGUCGAUGAUCUCGCCAACCACUUUGGCGUGAAGGAAGUCUUUCUGCACGUCGAAUGGGACAAUCUACCCGCAGUCGCUUUGUACACGGUAUGCGGGUUUUCCAGCACGAGAAAUGAUGACCCUGUCUUAAUUCCAAAGUGGGUUCACUUUUUGGCGAAGAAGGAGCACACGCUCUUGCGGAAAAGGAUUUCCUAGCCACUACUGCGGGGAGAGGCAAAAUUUUUUUUUCGCUGUCGGUCGUCGCUACUGUAUGACUCGCAUUUAGGCCGUGUAGAUACUGUUUUGUCGCGAUUCUGUCAUCGCAUUGAUUCAUAGUUUUCUGGACUCCAAUAUUUUUUCUCGAAGGUGAGAAGAGACCCGGAACCAAUUUGCUUGCAGAUCGAAGGAGGUCCGAACAACAGCUACAGCCGCGGCAUACAGUAUGGCUUGCGUCGAAGAAGCUUGAUUUCGUACUGUAUGCAAGACGCCCUCGUACAGCAAGUGGCGCUUGUAUGCAUUGGGAGACCCCCACACGUGUGCGUAGUUUUGUUGCACUUUUUGUCUAUUUUUGUGAAUAAAUUGUAAUUUUCCCCCGGAAUCCGAAA